CCUGGAUGACGUCAUGGUCACGUGACCACAUCGUACCUGCACGCUAUUGUCUACGGCGCUGCUUCAAUAAAAUUUCUUUUUAUUUCUCAACUAUUUACGUUUGUAAAUAGUUUGAAGAAAGAAUAACUGCCAAUGUACAGCAAAGAUAAGUAAUAUACAGAAAAUUCUUCUUGAACAUACAGUAUAAUAUGAAUGUGAUAAACUUUUGCCAUUUGAAUGAGGAUGUUUACACCUGAGCUGGGAGGAGAGAGUCAGUAGUGGUUGAGACGUGAUCAUGGCGGGAUGCUAACUCUUUCAGCUCCUUGUGAAAAUUCGAUGUGGCUAUUGUGGUGUACUUGUAGCAUGGCAGUGACGCGUUGUAGAAGUAUGGCAGUAAUAUGGUGGACAGCCAUAGUAAUGGUAGUGUUAGCGCCGCCAGUGCUUGGUCUUGGAGGCACCGUCAGCGACAACGUUGUGUACGAUGUGUCAGGAUCACCCUACGUGGUCACCCAGGACAUCCUCAUACAACCAGGAGGGAGACUAACCAUCGAGCCUGGGGUGACCGUCCAGUUUGACCCGGGUGUGGGCGUCACUGUGAAGGGCGUCCUACACGCUGAGGGUACAUCAAUGAAGAGAAUCACGUUUACGAGCAGUCAGCCGCCCAGUACACCCCUGCCCAAACCUACACUGAGAUUGGUAGACGGUCCUACACCACUACAGGGCAGACUACAGAUGUUCUACAAGGACAAGUGGCGCUCUAUAUGUACCAACUCCCGCAAUUGGACGGCGGAAGACAUGACUGUUGGUUGUCGUCAGAUGGGUUACAGCGGUGGCAAGUAUUGGGAGUGGCAGGACCGUGCCAAUAAUGACACCUCCACAAUUCUGUACGAAGCUCCUCUCUGUACCGGCCUCGAGGAUGACAUCACCAAGUGUGCCUGGCACACACAUUCCAUGGGCGGAGGUGUCUGUGACAUGCACCCUGACCUGGGGCUGGACUGUGAGGGCUACCAUGCCCUCUGGCGGGGCACCAACCACUGGCGGGGGAUCCUCUUCCAUGAUGCAGAGUUUGAAGGGCAGCUCUUCCAGGAGAAAACAUUAUAUCAAAAGGUCUCAAAAUCAGUUUUAAGUUAUGUGGAUUUGGAGUAUGCUGGCAUGGGGCCCAAGAGAGAGGUGGAGUCUGCAGUGAUGAGUCGCAGAGUCCCUCCACGCAUCAGCCAUGUCACCAUCAACUCCAAUGCCUUCAAUGGCAUCAAUAUUACCCUACCAGACACCUUUGUUCACCUACAAGAUGCUACCAUUAAAGCAAAUGGCGGUUAUGGUGUGUAUGUGAACACAUCAACUGGCUCAGUGUUGAUAGAUGAGUCGUCUGUAGUGAUGGACAACAACGCUGAUGGAGUCAAGUACAACUUCCACCACCGUGAACCAAACCGUUCAGCGUCAGACACUUUCCAGGACUUCUGUGCAGGAGCCUCCAACCCUAACCAAGCUUAUCCUAUUGUGACAGUCGCCACUCAGGACAAGUAUUCCUUCAAGGACAUUACUUGUGUUAAAUCAUUCUACAUCCGAAAAUCAGACUUCGUGUUCACAGUUCACUUCUCAUACAUGCAGACUGAGGAGGAUGGAGCUGGUACAGUGGAAGUCAGAGAUCGUGAUGAAGGGGGGGACUUAUUGAGCAAGUUUGAACUGAAGAACCACACUUUCCCGUCCUCUGUUGUGUCACGAGGAAACACCAUAUGGAUCAAGUUUACAGCCAAGUCUCAGAAGCUCUCCUUUAUAUUCAUGGAAGUGGUAGCAAGCAAAUAUAAAAUGUUUGAUCUUAGUCUUCACAAUUCCUUGGUUGGAGGUAACAUUGGUCACGGUGUUGCUGUAGAAAACCUGCGCAGCCUCGUCCACAUUCAUCAGUCCAACUUGACAGCGAAUAUUUUUGGAUCAGGUUUGAAUGUGAAGAUGGGAGCGGGAGAUGUUAAUGUGACUCACUCUACCAUCAACAAGAAUAUUGGCGAUGGUGUAAAUAUAACUUAUGAAGGAGGUCUCCAGAAUGUUACAUGGAGCAAUAUUGCUGACAACACACUUCGAGGUGUUGCUGUGUGGUUCAAUGAAAGUGGACUAGAUACCAAGAUUCAACAUAAGACCAGUGUGGCUUAUUCAAUUAUAACUGGAAAUUUAGAUGUGGGUCUACGAAUUGGUAACUUUUGCCGGGAUGCCCUAGUGAACAUUAGCAGUAACACAUUCACGGAAGGUCACAGAGCAGCAAUAGAGAUAGAGUCUUGUUGGCUUAGAGACGGUGGAAGGCGAACAGUUCAAAUAGGCCAAAAUUUGUUUCAGAAGAACCACCGAUUAGCUGUAAAAAUUACUCCAGCUGUAAAUAUGAAUCUCUCUAUUGAGUACAAUGAGUUUCAACAGAAUGACCGAGGGACUGUGAUGAUCUACAAUGAAGACAAAGUAGAGCUGCCAAGUUUACCUUUUGUUGGGCAUAUAGUAAGGAAUCAUUUUCGAGACAACACUGGAUGGUUUGUUCUUCGUCUAACUCUCUCCCUACGCGGACUAGAUCAAACCCUUCGUGUAGAAAAGAAUACAAUAAAAGACAAUGUUGUCAAAGAACUUUAUAUUAACAUUCAAUCCAGAAGUCGUGCUUCAGGAGUUAUAUGUGUUGGUUCCUCAAAUAUCAUUCUGUACAGAAACUUAAUUGAAAAUCCUGGUUCAUUUUACGAAAUCAGCUCACAUACAACGGAUCAGAGCACACCGAUUAAUGCUACUUACAACUGGCUUGGAAACAAAUUUGAGAGGGUUAUAUUUGAUAGGAUAUUUGACCGCCGUGACCGCUACAACCUGGCAUUAGUGGUGUUUCACCCGUUUCUUUUAAGCAGCAACAAUGUAGAAACGCCUGUGACUGAACCAGGGCAGAUGAGUGAACCAAAUUUUUUUGAUCCAGUUGAUAAUCACAUUAUUGGUGGAGAAGUGAACGGUGAGGUUACGCUCCACGAUGGAGUUUAUACUGUGACUCGGGACAUAUAUGUUCACGAGACUGGAACACUGACCAUUGCAUUUGGCACCACACUGGAGUUUGCUGAAGGUAUGGGCAUGAUGGUGGCAGGACUCCUACGCACUGAAGGAUCUGGAAAACGUGAUGUCCGUUUCACCCUCCAAGGUACCACAGAGGAAGAGACAUUUGCCAGAGCUGCACUUUAUGCAGAAGAAGAGGUGGUAGUGCUGAAUGGUACAGAGCAUGCUAAUAUAACAACUAGCGUACUGGUGUCCAAUGUAACGGAGGGCCCAGUCAUUCCUGUUAAGCUUGUAGGAGGCAAGAAUGACCUUGAAGGAAGACUGAUGGUAUAUGUAGGUGGUGAGUGGGGGACUGUUUGUAACCAUGGGUGGACCCAAGAUGCUGCUGCGGCUGCCUGCCAACAGAUGGGUCAUGUUCUCAACCCAGAGGACUGGUUCCUGGAGCCUGGUCACAUGCCACCAGAGGGUCAGACUGCCAGGAUUUUGUUGAGCAAUGUACAGUGUGAUGAGUUUGACACAGACAUAACACGAUGCAAGAGUGAUGCCUCGUGGGAACUAGAGAACUCUUGCUCGCACGCUGAAGAUGUAGGUAUCCGCUGCUACCCUUGCACUUGGGCAGGCAUACGUUUAGGCAUGACAGCUCACGAGAGUCACAUAAAGGGUGUUAUCAUCGAGAAGGCAGGGCUCCUUGACUAUACCACAAGAUCCUUUAAGCCUGCUCUGCAAAUUGAUUUCCAUCACCACGUUAUACAAGAUAUUGAAGUCCGGGACAACUCACAGGACGGCGUGGGUGUUAUUUACAGUAACCAGUAUGCCAUUGCCAACCCUGACGCUCGGGUGUUCAAGGGCUGCUCCUUUAGCCGGAAUAAAAGACACGGCAUCAGUGUGAAGCAGAUGGGGGUCAACAUAACUGACUCGGAGCUACAAGGCAAUGAUGGUUCUGGCAUCCACUUCAACCCAUUCUUGUCUCGAGCUGAUCAGAGGGAGCUAACAGGGUGGCUCAAGUUGCUGCAUGACAGAUACAGAAAAAUUCCAGACACUCCAAAGGAUAUCCAGCUGACACUCAAUGAGCCAGAAUAUUUCAUCACACAGACACUACGGGGCGCUGACACCAAGAUGACCAUCCACGUCUCGACGUCACAUUCCAAUGUAAUCGGAAUCCAAGUGUUGAACCCGAUCACACCAGAGAGCACCGAGAUGAUUGUGAUAUAUGACUACCAGAAGAUUAUUGAGAGCCAGGAUAUUGCGCGCUGGGACCUGCGAGGGGACCAGGUGGCUUUCCCUACGACCUCCGGUAGUUAUGCCAUAACUAUUGAGUACAGCUCAGGACCUUAUGCUCUUGGUGACGUCAUCUUUGUACUGACAGCUAUAGAUAGGAGGGACAUCGCCCAGGCUGGAGAUCUACGCAACUUCCGUGCUAAGUGGCCCAUGCUGUACAUUGACAAAACAAACAUUCAACAAAAUGAUAUUGGCAUCUCUACACUGCAUUACAACAGAUAUCUGACAGAUGAUGGCGAUCACCUCAUGCGAUGUGCUAAUGAGAGUAUGGUGGUCAUUAACUCUAAGAUUAUAAACAAUAACAACCAGGCAGUGUACACACUCUCACCGUUUAGAGUCAUGAUGGAUAAUGACGACAUUGCAGAGAUAACCUUCAUGUUCAACGGUACCACCAUAUCAGGCAAUGGCCGAGGCAUUGACCAGUACAGUUGGGAUGUUCGAGAGUCCAACAACCUCUUCCACUGGGUGCUGCAGGAGACUGUAAUGGAAAACAAUGGUGGUGGUGGUAUAGUACUAACGCUGCCAUAUGUGUGGCAGUACACUGAGAACUUCACCCAUACUAUUUACAUCAAUCAAUCGUCUUUCCUAAAUAACGUUCGGUUCCAGUUCUUGGUAGAUGGCCAUUUUGCUCGUAUAAACAUGACCGAUUCCAAAUUUGAGACGAACACUUGUGAACAAGGUCUGAUAUCGCUGCAGGGCAUGGAGAAAGAGAUGUUCAUUUAUGAUAACACCAUAACCUCAAAUAUUGGCUCAUAUGUUGUUGAAUUUAACACUAACAGUCAAAGUGAUAUCCUUGGGGUUGUACAAGCUCAUUUUGAAUACAACAAAGUUCAAAGAAAUAGACAUGCUCUUCAGCUUAGGAGCAGCCCAUCUAGGGCAUAUCAGCCAGCCAGCUACACUAUAGCAGUGCGAGGUCUUCAGAAAAUAAACAUAACUCAUAACCAGUUUGGAUCCAAUGAAAUGGACUAUGAAUUACUGGCUGGUCUCUUUACCAGUAGGAUUGAUAAUUAUCUAAAUGUCGAAGCUAAUUGGUGGGGUUCCCGUGACCCUAAAGUAAUUGAGGAGCGCAUCUUUGAUUUUGAUGACUGGAAUAACUUUGCACUUGCCGACUAUCUUCCAUACCUCAUUGAAGACAACCUGAGAGCACCUGUGUCAUCAGUGGGAUCAUCUACAACAAAAGAGAAGACAAUGGAUCUGGAGGCCAUUGGUGGUCGACUUCUACAUGAUUUACGAUUAACAAAACGUUCUGAACCGUAUGUCAUAAAGUCUGACUUAACUGUCAUGCCGGGAGUGACCUUGGUGAUUGAAGCAGGAGCUACAUUGGAGUUCUUUCCCAGCGUUGGAAUGCUUGUUCUGGGUCGCUUAGAAGCAGUAGGUGUCAAACAUAACCGCAUCACCAUGCGACCUGUUGAUACUUCAACGGCAACGCACUACAGAGUUGGCCGCCACACAAAAUCAUCUUUAGAAUCUGUAAGACUAUGUGUAGAAGGGGACUGUGACGGCAGAAGAGACGGGUUCUUGGACAUCUUUAAUGGUACAACGAAGCAGUGGGUACCAAUCUGUGAUAAUAGAUUCACUGAGCGCAACGCCCAAGUAGUGUGUAAUCAACUUGGACACAAUAUAGUCAACGUCUUCCAUGGUCGCAAUAAGCGGACUGAGAUGUUCCCCAAUGCUUUAAUACGCAUUCGAUCGUGGCCUGACCCUAUUCAGUGUGAUGGUACAGAGAUGGCGUUAAAUGAAUGUUCCCUCAGGAUGAAUGGCCAGAUCUUCAACCACACCUAUGAAUGUUCCUGGAAUGGUGACUUUGUUUAUAUAUCUUGUGGAGAUCUCAACUUAGAGAAUGAGAAUGAAGAAUACUGGGGUGGCAUUAGGUUUUCAAUCCCUAAUUUUGAACACAUGGAUGUGUACCAGAGGAUCCAUAACACCAACAGCCCAGAACAUGCUCACGCCCACCCGCUAGUGCAUGGUAACUCACACACAACUGUGUUACCUUCUGUGAUGAAAUGGGUAAAUAUUGAAGGUGCAGGAAUACUUCAUAAUGACAAAUCUCCAGCAAUUCUUUCUUUCCACGAGACGCCAAAACUACGGGGAGUUACCAUAAGGAAUUCGGCAUACGAUGGCCUGUCCAUUGUCUCUGCUAAGGACGGCUUUGAUAUGUUAUACAACAAGUUUCAAAAUAAUCUGGGUGUGGGUGUCACUCUCAUGGGCCUCACCGGAGAGACACGUGAAACUGAAGAGUCAUCGUUCUUCCCUCUGACCAAGCUGCGUCUCCCAUACCACAUGUUCGGGAUGGUAGACAUCUGUGACUCUAGCAAAGAGCUCAGGAUUGAGGAGAGGAUCAUCCUUUACUACAAAUAUGAUAAUCGACCUGUGGAUUGUGUCAAGAUAUUUUCAUCGGUGUUCAAUGUAAAAAAUUUUGGAUUCAGGCUUCUUCAGUUUAAUCUGUAUGACUCCACCGUACACACUGAUGACCCAGUUGUGAAGGACCGCAUCGUUCUCUAUGAUGGAGACGUGUACAACUAUACAACUGUGAAGUUUGCCGAGAUUCACAUGAACAGCGGAAAUCACAUGAGAUUCUUCAAGACGGAAGGAACGAGCUUAUCUGUGGAGGUUCACGCUACCGGAGCCUCGGGUGAUCUUGGCUUUGUUGCUGAAAUUGUGACCCUUCCCAUAUCAGAUCUUGGCAUUAAUCGAAACAUUCUGCAUAACUUUACAUAUAAUGAGUAUUAUGACAACGCGGAAGGUGCCUUCUUUACCGCCACGGCUGGGGAGGUGCACCCAUGGAUGUGUCUAUCAUACAGCCGCUUAGAGAACAACGGGAGACAACUCUAUGCGAAUUUCACUACUACUAGAGCAGCUGUUUACCUAGACCUUCAGAAUAUGCAGGAUGUUUAUAUCAAGAAUAAUGUGGUGCGCAACAAUACUGGAGGCGUUUACAUUAAUGCUGGAUCCAUGGGUUCUGCGACGAAGCUGCAAGCCAACGUCACCAACAACCUAUUUGAGGACACUCUUCACUGGCCGGCCCUCUUCAUAGCCUCCAAGGAAAACUCGGCAUACCAGCACGCACUCAUAGCCUAUAAUGACUUCAGUUGGUCUUACUCACCGUACCAUGACGUCAUCACCUUAGCUCAGGUGGUGUCUGUGUUCACUCAUAAUUACCUUCACAGCAACAUUGGCCGACACAUUUUAGACAUCUAUGGCUUCCAGAAAGUCCGUCUGCCCGUGUACCAGACUACAUCUCAUAACAGUUUUGCCAAGAACAUGGCCAUGGACCCAACUUACCAAGGCACCAUCAUAGCUGGCAGCGCUGGACAACAGUUUGUAGAUAAUGUCUUCUACAACUUGGACAAUGCUUAUGAACUUGUCGCUGUCAAUGAAUCUGUACGCUGCAACAUUUCCACGGAAUGCUCCCAAGUGGACACCUACGAUGAAAUGGUUGAUGAGAGGUCAGAUGUUUGGAAGACUCCCAUUGAUGCUCGAGACAACUGGUGGGGGUUCAACACAUCCGUGGCCGUGUCCGGACGUAUCCACGAUAAAACAGACGAUGUGACUCUUCUUCGUGUUGAUUAUAGUCAAUGGAAGCUGAACAACUACUCAUUACUACAAGGGUGUGAGCCAGGCUACACUAGAGUCGGAGAUGCCUGUUAUCUGUACAUUGGUGGUCCAGUCACACAUGAAGAAGCUAAGGCAUUCUGCAAAAGGGACAAUGCCUCCUUACCAUUCCUACAGAAGUGGUACUGGGAAGUGCAGUAUUGGUUGUUAGACCAGCAGCCUGAGUAUCUGUGGGAAUAUGAUAUGGUGUGGGUGCAGCACUUGGAUGUUAUACGUGGAUGUGCUGCCUUCGUCUAUAGGCAAGUCCGUUCUGUCGACUGCAACCUGAAUCUUCCCUUCAUUUGUGAAUCUGACCCAGAUAAAACUAUUGAUAAAUUUGCCUGGACCUCUGACCCAUUGGCUGUGGCAGCCAUCACAGUGACUUUUGGUUGCUUGAUCCUUGUUGCUGCCUGUGUCUCCUGCUGGGUGUGUAAGUCACGAAAUCGACGCAAGGAACGCAUAAUGCGCAGGAACUCCAUUCGUGCAUCUAUCCGCUCCAACAGAUCUGCCUUGUCUACCACCAGUGGAGGGUUCAGUGAUAUAGGACGCAGGAGGAUCAUCGAGGAGCCACAGAGAGCGGUGCCCAUGAAGGGUGGAGGCUCAGUUGGAGGAGCAUCUAGAAUGAAUGGUCUCCAUGGAUCUUUUGACUCCAUAUCCAAGUCUAACUUCAACUCCUCAGUAGACGAGGAUCCAAGCUUUGUGGUGUAUGAGGAAACAACACAGUCUCCCCCCGGUUACACCUCAGAGCUUGAUAAUAGAUUCUCUGCAGACCCUAACCUAGAAAAUGCAUGUGUGACAGAACUAUUACACCCAAGUUUUAACAUGACCUUCCAAAAUCACGGGUUCAGGGACAACUCCUCAUUUAACUCCCGAGAAAACGGCACCUUCACUGCUGAAGCUCGCGCACAGCAGUGGAAUGGUUCUAACAAUAACAUUCCUCCCUCCAGUUGUGGCCAACCUACUUUCUCUACUUAUGGUCAUGCCCCUCGCCUGCCUUCAACAAAUCAUCAGUAUGUACCACUACCGCGGCCACCUGGGGAUAGACCCCUACCUCCGAUCCCUAUAUGGAAGGGUUCACAUGUUCCAAGCCAUUCAUACAGUGUCAACAAUCCCUACAUGUGCACCUUUGGUCGACCCCUGUCCUUGCACGGUACAACAUCAAGCUUUAAGAAUGAGUCUCUUCGUGGAUCCAACCCACAGCUGGCAGUAAGUAGUGUUGCUACUGACUCAACUUUAGAGAUGAAAAAGGACUUGUCAAGAGACACUCAAGACCCACACCUCACAGCUACUCUACCAAGGGAUCAAGCACCACCUUUCCAUUAUGUUUCUGCAGAUGUACUCUCAGGCAGACAGUCAAGUACACCAUCUGAAGACUCACAAGAUUAUUUCUCUCAAGGGCGGUCACAAAGUCAACCCUUAGAAACAGCAAUGUAGAAGCUACAGUCGGUAAGGUUCUGUAUGAUUUUAAGUGAUAUACGGUAGUGCAAUAUUAGGAACUGAUUGCUUCACUUUCUAGGUACCGAAACAAUUAUUAUAUGUGUUUUUAAAUUGGAUCUUUUGUCUCAGACAAAAGAAUUUGAAAAAAAAAAACAUAAAGAAAUGUUAAAAUAUAACUUGCCUGAGGCUGUACAGCUUCAGAUUCAAGUUUACUGGAAUUAUGGAUUGUAUAGAUUUUGUUUCUUAGAAUGACUAUGCUAGAGGACCACAAGCAAUAUACUUUACUUUAUCCUCUUUGCCACUGAUCGGCUUGUUAGCCGUUUGGGAGGUCAGUCAUGUCUCUGUUAUGCACUGUUGGCAAGUACUGGGCAUGCACCGGCUCCAGAAUGUAUCUGUACCUGUGCCAGUGUUUGAAAAAGUUUGCCUUAACAAUUUUCUGAACUUAUGGCUUCUUCAUCCUGAGGCUGUGACCUUUAGCGGGGUAGUUCCAAGUAUGAACACUUGACUGGGUAAUAUCUGAAAACUUCAUUUCAUUGUUGUUUGGAGGAGUGUAUAGCAUCUGGAAUAGCAUUUAUGAAACAAACAACAAUUGUCCCAGUACACUGCUCUGUGGCACCCCACCUGUUAGGGGUACACAUGAUGAAUUUGUGCCAUUAAUCACCACACACUGGUUGUGGUCAUAAUGAAAGUCUGAUCCACACUAGGAAGCUCCCCUAAAUGCUGUACCAUCCAGUUUGAUGUUUAGUUUUUAUUGAGGUAUGUUGUUGAAAGCCUUGGCAAAGUUUAGAUAUAACAGGUACAGUACAUUAUCAAUACUGCCACCACACUCCAGAAUUUAUGUCCACACAUCCAGAUAAUGGCAUCAAGGUAAGCUGAUGUUGUCAGUGUAGAACCUGUGACUGUUUACACUGAUAUUACCGUGACUACUAGUGGUUUUAUCAUAGAAAAUGAUGAACUAAUAUAAUGAUUGGGGAGGCCAAAGGUUUUUACAGUGACUGAAAUAUCUUCCAUAAUAGCAGAUUGAGCACUGCACAGCACAGCACA